CAUAGUGACGAAUCUGUGUAGCGAUGAUUUUGGGUGCACGGAUUAUCGUCGCUAUGCGGGGCACCACUGUAUUUCCAAAUAUGGAGGCACCGGCUAAUAAAACUAAGAAGCCAAUUUGAGAGGAAAUGGAGAUUGUGAUUAGGGAGCAGGAACAUGAAUGAACUACUGUAUCUGUUUUCCCCUGGUUUUGCCAUCACCAAUAAGCUACUGUGCUCUGUUCAUAUCAUGUGUGUAACUUAUCUGCCAUUCUUUUCCAGUCUUACAACUUCCUAUCUAAACCGUGCAGGUUUUGAAUGCAAAACUAUAUUCUGGCAGUUAUUAAGAAAUCCUCAGCUCUUGAGUAUAAAAUACAACGGAGGAUACUAUACAAGGAAGACUUUAUCAGUUACAUUCAGUAUGAAAUCAAUCUUUUGGAACUGAUUAAGAAAAGAAGAGCUCGAAUUGGCUAUUCAUUUAAGAAAGAUGAGAUUGAGUAUUCCAUUGUGCAGAGAAUAGAUGGUGUCUUCAAACGUGCCACAGCCAAAUGGAAAGAUGACCUUCAGCUGUGGUUGUCUUAUAUUGCCUUUUGCAAGAAAUGGAACAGGAAAAUGCAGCUGAGUAAGGUGUUUUCAUCCAUGUUAGCGCUUCAUCCGAACAAACCAGCUUUGUGGAUUAUGGCCGCAAAAUGGGAAAUGGAGGACCGCUUGUCGUCAGAAAGUGCCCGGCAGUUGUUCCUCCGUGCCUUGCGUUUCCAUCCAGAGUGCCCCAAACUUUAUCAAGAGUAUUUUAGAAUGGAACUAAUGCAUGCAGAAAAGCAAAGGAAAGAAAAGAAGGAAUUUGAACAAGCAAAGAUGGACUUGGGUGAAUUCAGUUAUUCUGAAGAUGUGCUUAAUGGUGAAAUGGCUCGGAUUGUCUACAGAAAUGCUAUUCAAAAAAUCAAAGGUGCAGAGUUUCUUCUGUCACUGCUUACAGUUGCAAAACUUUUCGAUUUUACCCAAGAGCUUCAGAAAGAAAUAUUGGACAACUUGCAGGCAGAUUGUGCCGGCGAUCCUCAUGUGUGGGACUACAUGGCACGGCGAGAACUGGAGACAGAAGGCUUGCCAUCAUUGGAACAUGUAUCAAAACAUUCAAAGGCACUGGACGUGGCCCGCAAAGAAGAACGAUGCUGUGCGGUGUUUGAAGAGGCUGUCGCUUCUCUUCCCACAGAGGAAAUGUGGAAAUGCUAUGUCACUUUUUGCUUGGAGAGAUUGAACCGGAAGACCAACAGUGAAGAGUUAAAACAGAAGAGGCUGGAAAAGGUUCUGCGUGUUUUCAGUCGAGCGCAUGAAUUGCAACUACUGUCAGCUCCUCUCUGUAAACAGUGGGUUCACCUUUUACUGGAGGCUGACCUCCGAGAAAAGGCUGAAGAGGCAGCGGCCGCAGCCACCGGCCGCUUCAGCCACAUGGCGGAAAUGUGGGAAAUGAGGCUGCAGUUACUGCUCCAGCUGAACCGGGAUGGUGUGGCCUCUUGUUUUCAGGAUGCAUUUAAAGCUGCUACAGCCAAGGACACCUUGCCUCUCUGGAUUCUACAGGUGGAAUGGAGUGAGAGUGUCCAUAGCAUGGCUGAGACCGAAGCCCUCUAUCAGAAAUCUUUACUGGCCACGCUUCCUGCUGACUCAUUAACCAUGAGAGAAAAGUAUCUGGAAUGGGCAUAUAAGACUGGUGGCUAUAAGAAAGCAAAGAAAGUCUUUACAAGUUUGCAAAAAAACCCGCCAUUUUCUCUUGAGUUCUUCAAGAAGAUGAUUCAGAUUGAAAAGGAGCAGGAGUCGUGCAGAAUGUUCAAUAUCCGAGAAUAUUAUGAACGUGCCUUGAGAGAAUUUGGUGCUACAGAACCUGAUCUUUGGCUGGAUUACAUCAGGGAGGAGCUGAAUCAUCCCCAAGGCAAGCCGGAGAACUGUGGCAGUCUUCACUGGAGAGCAAUGAAAACAUUGCAGGGACAAUCAGUGGACACUUUUGUUUCAAAAUAUACACUGCUGCAGACAGGUCACUUAUGACAAAUGGCAUACAUUCCAGACAAACUACAGAGCAAUACUAUUUUUUAUUGU